GUCACCCCCUCAGGCGUCCUCCUUUCCUGCUUGGACGCUCUGGCCUAUGCCGGCCCCUCAGCAGGCUCUGCAGCCGCCGCCGCCGCCGCUUCUACCGUCGCUGAGGGCGACCUGCCACCCGCCCACCACCACCGCCAUGCAGCGGCGGACCCGCACCAGCACCCGCAGCCCUAUCCACAGCAGGGAGCCCCCAGGAGCACCUGGCCCAGCCCCAAGAGCAGCCGCUUCGAGGACCGAAGCAUUAGCGGCGACGCAGCGGCGGCGGGUGCGGGUGCGGGUACGGCGGCAGGGCAGCUGGCGGAUCUCACGUCAACGCCGCCUCGUUCCGUUGGCGCUGCAACCUCCAUGUCUAUCUCGGUGUCAGGAGGCGGCGGCGGCGGUGGCGGCAAUGCCGUCAGCGGCGGCGGCGGCGGCGACGGAGCCAGCGGGUCGAGGUCGCUUCCAACGGCGAGGUCUGGCAGCGUAAGUACGGCAGCCAUGGCGGCGGCUGAAGAAGAUGGGGACGCUGCUGCUGCCGGCGGUGGCGCGGUAGCUAAGAUGCGAGUCGACGACGUUAAUGACGACGGGAACGAGAUAUCGGGUAUCGGGCUGGGAGGGGCGGAGGAGGCUGCUGCCAAUGCUUUGGGCAUAGGUGCGGAGUGGGGCGCUGCUGCCGGUGCUGAUGCUGGUGCGGAGGAGGUGGAGGAGGUGGAGCUGAGUCCGGGAGCCGCUGUGUGGUGGGGCAGCCCAGCACCGGAUGUUACCUUGGGUGCGGUGGCGCCGGGGUGCGUGGCGCUGGUGCGCAGGAACCAGCGGAGGAUCAUGAUUCUCGGCGUCGUGUCUGCCGCCGGGCAAGAAUACCAGCCAGCCGGCGGCAGCGACGGAGGCGGCG